GAUAACCCGCGAGGACGGGGGCAUGUACCAGUGCCUGGCCAAGAACGACGAGGACUCGACCCAGGCGGCAGCGCAGGUUGACCUCGGCGACUCGGCGCCUGUGUUGGACUAUCGCUUCAUCAGCCAGACUCUUCAGCCGGGCCCCUCAGUGAGCUUAAAGUGCAUCGCGUCAGGGGCACCAACCCCGCACGUCUCCUGGUCGCUGGACGGGUUUCCUCUGCCCCAGGUCGACAGACUCGUGGUGGGCCAGUAUGUGGGCGUGGGCGGCUCGGUGGUGAGUCACGUCAACAUCACGGGCGUGAGAACGGAGGACGGCGGCGCAUACGCCUGUACGGCGGUCAACAGAGCAGGAUCCACCGCCCACCAGGCGCGGCUCAAUGUGUACGUUACUAAUAGCGGCUCAUCUGCAGGCCCCGCGUACGUGAGACCCAUGUCGGUGGUGACAGCAGUGGCCGGCGAACAGCUCGCGGUGUCCUGCCCCGCCGCCGGCUACCCCCUGGCACAGCUGACCUGGUCCCGAGACGGCCGUACGCUGCCCGUGACGGCGCGCCAGAAGGUGUACGAAAACGGCACACUGGUCAUCACGCGCGUGGAGAAGAGUCGCGACGGAGGGUCGUACACGUGCACGGCGCAAGACAAGCACGGCCGCACGCACUCCGCAACCGCCACGGUGCAGGUCCUUGAGUGCCACGUUAUCGCAGUGCCUCCAAAGCUGAGCAUCUUCACAUUCCGCCGCGACUUGGCCCUCGGGGAGCGCGUCUACGAGGCCUGUACUGUCAUAGGAGGCGACAAACCCGUGCAGGUAACGUGGACGAAGGACGGGGUGCCGGUGAAGAGCAUAGAAGGCGUGCAGGUGCGGAACUUGGACCAGCUGACCACCUUCCUGGUCAUCGACCACCUGUCUCCUCGCCACGCGGGUAACUACACCUGCACGGCCACCAACGAUGCCGCCAGCGCGCAACACACGUCGGCGCUCAACGUAAACGGUAAAUUACUUGUCUCUUAA